CUGCCCUGGAUCCGAGGUUCAAGUCCCUGUCUUACAUGGACCCUGCCCUACGCCAGAGGACAUACAGUGACCUCACCACUGAGAUUGUGAGCAGUCUGGGCACUGAAGACUGUGAUGAGGGUCAAGCUGCAGAGCCAACAGGAGCAAACUUGGACACAUCUCCUCCACAAAAGAAGUCGGCGAUUGCAGAGCUUUUUGGAGAGACCUUUUCCAGCAAAGACAUGGACAGCAAGACUCCUGCUGACAUCAUCAAAGAGGAGGUGGCAUCCUACCUGGCAGCAAGCGGCAUUACAGUGGAUGGUGAUCCACUGACAUGGUGGAAAAGCAAUGAGUGUAAAUACCCUCAUAUUGCCAAGAUGGCAAGAUGCUAUCUCGCUGUGCCAGGCUCUUCAGUUCCUUCCGAGAGAGUGUUCUCAACAGCAGGGGACAUAGUGACUGCAAAGAGGUCCACACUCUCCCCAGACAAUGUAGACAUCCUUGUCUUUUUGAAAAAGAAUUUGAAAUUAUAAGCUCAGGUAUGCAUUGCUUUCUUUCUUUUAUUCUUCUUUGAUGAUGUGGACAUAGGCUUUAUUUCACUAUCCAUGUUUAAAGGAAGGAGAUAUGCCUUUUUAUGUUGCACUUUAAGUUGUUUUUCAUUAAUUAUGUUAAAAAGAAGAUAUUAUGCCUUGUGCACUUUAAGUUGAUUUUAUAUAUUUUAAUUUAAUAAUUUAAAAGUGUUAAUAAACAAAAAGACAAAACUUAUGUUUAUUUGUCUUGUCUUUUUUUUGCUGAUCCGAAAAAUGAUCCGAUCCGUGACUCUGAUCCGAGAAACGAUCC